AUGGCGACCGCUCAGGCGACGAAGAACACCAUCACGCUCAAGGGGAGCACGGCGAUCGUCACCGAGUUCUUCGGCUACGCGGUCAACUCCAUCCUCUACCAGCGCGGCAUCUACCCUCCGGAAUCCUUCGAGCGCAAGAACAAGUACGGGCUCGGCAUGCUCGUCACCACCGACGAGCAGCUCAAGGCCUACCUCGUGAACGUCCUGCAGCAGAUCAACGACUGGAUGCUCCAAAAGACCCUCCAGAAGCUCGUCCUGGUGGUCACCGCGGUGGGCUCGCACGAGGUGCUCGAGCGAUGGGUCUUCGACAUCGUCCAGGAGGAUGCCAACGGGGUGGACGAGCGCGGCGACGCGGUUGGCGAGAAGAGCGACAAGGAGAUCCAGACGGAGAUCUCCGCCAUCAUCCGGCAGAUAACCGCGUCCGUCACCUUCCUCCCUCUGCUCGAGGAGCAGUGCACGUUCGAUCUCCUGGUGUACACCAACGACGACGCGGAGGUUCCCACGCAGUGGGAGGAGUCCGACGCGAGGUACAUCGCGGACAACGCGGAGCAGGUCAAGCUCAGGAGCUUCAGCACGUCGGUGCACAAGGUGGAGGGCUUGGUGUCCUACAAGGCGAGCGAGGACUGA